GUGCUUUGCGGCAGCAAGGAUAGGUACGUCCAGAUCUUGAUAGGCACAGGCGUGCGGGAAGGUCUGGGGGUGUCCGUGCAGGUGUUCUGAUCGUGCCUUGGGGGUUUAUUUCUUAAACAGUUUGGGGUAUGGUUCUGUUUUUUAUCUUUAGCUGAGAGUCUGAGAUUCUCCUGCUCCCAGAGAGGCUCCUUUCCCUUUCCUGAGCCUUUUCCUCUACACAGAUUUUACUUUUUAUGCUGGUUAAAGUCGGAGUCCUCCGUCCCCCAGGCGUCUUGACGUUUUAUUUGGUUUUAGUUGUUUUCUUUGGGAGAAUUCCAGCAUUCGGGUGAUCUUUCUCUAGCGGAUCCCUAGCAGCUUCCAUCUUCGUUCUCUGGGGGAGACCAGCUCAUCACUGUCGCCGUCCGAGGAAUGGAGCCGGACAGCUCUCGGGAGUCCCCAUCGCGGGAAAGCACUUCCCUGCCGGGAGAGUGGCCUUCCUCCGCCCUCGGACAGCCCUUCUCCCAGAUUUUGCACCGUCUUACCUGCCAGGAGUCCCGACGGGGCAAGGGCAAAAGUGCAGCAAUUCAGGACCUUGGUGCUCUAAUAGAAGCGGCGGAAUGUGAUCAAUUUUUUGAGGGGAGUGGCACAUGGCUCCGCGGAAUGCCCGAGAUCCUGGGGCAGGUGGCAAAAGCCCUGGAGAAGUAUGCAGCCCCACCCAAGGAGCAGGAAGGCAGAGGUCACGGUUAUUCUGAAGUGGCUGAGAAAGCGGCAGCAGUUGGGUUACUAUUUCUUAAACUAUUGGGGAAAAUUGAGGCUGCCAAGAAUUCCUUGGCUUGCCCUACGUGGAAGACAGGCCUACGUGACUUGGCAGGACCCAUCUAUAUUUUUGCGGUCACACACAGCUUGGAGCAACCAUGGACCAGCCCAAGAUCCCAUGACAUUGCUGGAGAGGUGCUCGCCUUACUCCUUCAAGUAACUGAGUGUGAUUCUGUGGCAGGAUUUCUGCACGGAGAAAACGAGGACGAGAAAGGGCGAUUUAUUUUAAUAAUGGAGCUUCUCAAACCCGAUUUCAAUAAAGAAUCCUGGAAGAAUAACCCUGCCACCAAACAUGUUUUCUCAUGGACCCUGCAGCAGGUCACUCGACCCUGGCUGAACCAACAUCUGGAAAGGAUACUUCCCCCGUCGCUGCUCAUCUCGGAUGACUAUCAAACUGAGAACAAGAUCCUGGGCGUCCACUGCCUCCGUCACAUUGUGCUUAAUGUGCCAGCUGCUGAUUUGCUCCAGUAUAACAGAGCCCAGGUCGUCUACCACGCCCUUUUCAGCCACCUGUACAUGCCGGAGCACCAGCUCACCCAGGCUGUGCUCUCAUGUCUGCUGGACUUGUUCCCUGUCCUGGAGAAAGGGCUGCACUGGAAGGGAGGUGCGGCUCGACCCACCACACACUGCGAUGAGGUGCUGCAGCUGAUCCUGACCCACAUGGAGCCAGAGCACCGCCUUCUCCUGCGCAGGACCUACGCGAGGAACCUACCAGCGUUUGUCAAGAGAUUGGGGAUCCUAACCGUCCGGCACUUGAAGAGGCUGGAGCGGGUCAUCAUUGGUUAUCUGGAGGUUUAUGAUGGACCAGAGGAGGAGGCUAGAUUGAAGAUACUGGAAACCUUAAAACUUGUCAUGCAGUAUGCUUGGCCCAGGGUUUCCUGUAGACGUGUGGUCUUAUUGAAGGCUCUCUUGAAACUGGUAUGUGACGUAGCGCGAGAUCCCAGCCUCACACCUGAGCCUGUUAAGAGCGCCUUGUUAGAGGCGGCCACAGAUUGCCUGAUUCUCCUGGACCACUGUUGCCAAGGCCAGGUGAAGGGUCUCCUGGAUAAAAUUCUCCAAAGCUGUGAAGACAGCAAGGUGGUGAACUGUAUCAGAAAAGUCCAGCAGGUUUCUGAAGGCACGCCCUACGAUGGAACUUAAGAUUUGUCUUACUUUCCUAAAACAGGAAGGCUUUUCCGCUUGUUCCAACUGUAUAAAUGGAAUUAUUUAAGAAAAAAGGUAUUUUUACACUAAACAGUAUAA